ACCUCCCCUCGCCCCCCCCACGUCCUCAUCAGCCCACGGCCGACCAUGCCUCCCCCGCGCAAGGGCAAGGGCAAGGGCAAAGCCCGCGACAACGGCCUCGACUCGAACGGCCGCCCGGCCAAGAUCAAGCGCGUCAAGGAGGUCGUCUUUGACCCCGAGGCCCGCAAAGAGUACUUGACCGGGUUCUCGAAGCGCAAAAAGGCAAAGCAGGCCGAGAAGGUCAAGCGCGCCAUCUCGCGCGAGAAGGAUGCUCUGAGGGAGAUGCGCACCCAGGUCCGCGAGAAGCGCAAGGAGCAGGCGGCGCACAACGUGCGCAUGGCGAGGGAGGCAUACGGCGAUGCCGAGGGCGGCGGCGACGACGACGACGACGACGAGUUCGACGGCCUCGACUCGGACAGCGACGACGACUCGGACGCCGCCUCGGACUCGGGCGCGCUCGUCGAGGGCGAGACGGCCUACGAGGCGCCCGACGGCGACCUCGCGACCGUCGUCGUCGAGCCCCUGUCGCUCUCGCGCUCCCCGACGCCCGAACCGCUCGUCGACCUGUCGACCUCGACCCUCCCGCCGCGCGCGUCGACGUCCCGCCCGGCGCAGCAGUCGAGCCUGUACAAGAAGCGCGUGCGCAACACGGUCCAGGCGAGGCCCAAGAUGUCGCGCGAGGACAAGAAGCUGCGCGCGACCGGCGGCAAGAAGGUCAAGAAGCAGAUGACGAACCGCAUGAAGGGUACCAAGGCCCGUUCGGCCAAGUGAGGUGCUCGUCUCUCUCUCUCUCGUUGUUGUGUGUACUCUUGUGCAACCUGUCCGUUUCCUG